AUUAGGGGUUUGUGAUGAAAAUCCCCAAAUGGUUACAAGUGUUCUGGCAUAGAUAUUUAUAGAAAAAGAACUCCAUCCCAAUUGAUUGAUCAAUUAUUAGUUGGUGUUUGGAAGAUCUGAAGAGUGAGUAGGAUGUAUUCAGCUGUUUAGACUUUUCAAAAUUAUGCAUGUAGUAGAAUUUAGUAAUUUGUUCAAAAUUUAAAAAUGCCUUUGACAUUUGUUUUGGAAAAGCAUGCCAUAAUAUAAGGUUUUCAUGAUUCUGCCUUGGUUUUAGUGUGUUUACUUUCUUCUUGCCUAAUAUUAGCAGCUUAAUCAGUUUAAAGUCAAAGGCAGGUUUUUGAUUAAAACAGUUAUUUGCCUUUGAAAGUACAGAACUAGCUGAAAUUGCUUAAAGAGAAAAAAUUAAUGAAAUGAAAGCAACAGUACUACUAUUGAAAUGGCCAGUGUGUGAGGUUAUCUCUACUGGACAAAACGAAGAACGUAAUUGAUAUAGUGCACAGCUUUCUCCUUUUUUCCUCCCAACAUUGCUUCCUAAUUGGAGAGGCUUCAUAUUGCAGAAACCAUCUGAACAAUCAUGAUGCAUAUUCGUGGUUAAAAAUACUUGACCAAUCUCCAGCGAUGGAGGUUCCCACCCUUUAAACAUCCAAGUGGCCAGCUGUCAAACACAGUUUUUGCUCUCAGUACUGGAUUUGUCCCGGGGAUCUGAGAACGAAUCAGGGAGAGCACUUCGACUGAAGCUUCCUGACUGAAAAGCAGAAGCAAAAUGGAGCGCUAUGAAUCUACCUCAGAUGCUAAUAAAAUCCACUCAAAUCGCCUGUCAAGCAUUACAGAAGAUGAGGAACAAGAUGCUGCAUUAACCAUUGUGACGGUGCUCGAUAAAGUAGCCACAGUGGUGGAAGGUGUACGGGAAAGCCAGAAGAGAAUAGAAGAACGACACAGGGAAAUGGAAAAUGUCAUCAAGUCUGUUCAGAUUGACGUUCUAAAGAUUUCUCAGUGUCAUAGUAACACUAGUUAUGCAGUUGACAAGCUGCUGGAGAAAACCCGUAAAGUUAGUGCUCGUGUUAAAGAAGUGAAGGCCCGGGUGGAGAAGCAGAAUUUAAAUGUGAGAAAAGUUGAAGCCACGCAAGAGGAGAUGCUGAAAAAAAACAAAUUUCGAGUGGUCAUCUUCCAGGAGGAGAUGCAGUGCCCUACCUCGCUGUCUGUGGUUAAGGAGAGGACACUAGCUGGGAACUUAGAAGAUGAUGAAUUCUGUUUCCCGGAUGAUCUGUCUUCUGAUGAAGAGUACCACAUAGAAGAAAGUAGAACCUCGAAAUUUCGCAAGUCGGGCAUGAGACGCAUCGCCAAUCUCAAAAAGGCAUUUUCAAAGGAAAACAUGCAGAAAACAAGGCAGAAUUUUGACAAGAAGGUGAAUCGAAUUAGAACGAGGAUUGUGACUCCUGAGCGGAGAGAGAGGGUGCGCCAGUCAGGAGAAAGGCUGAGGCAGUCCGGGGAAAGAUUGAAGAAAUCCAUUUCUAAAGCAGCUCCAAACAAGGACACCUUCAAGAUGUAUAUUCAUAAGAAAGAGAAAGAGCGGACCGGCGCCGAGGGCCAAGAAGGCCUGCACGAAAAGGGGGGGGAUGCCGCAGCUGAACCCGCAAGGGAGGCCUAUACUGAUGUCCUGACCCCACUAGACAGAGAACAGGCCAGAGAAGCGGGAGAGGAACCUGAGACCUCUGGGGUAAAAACCACCCUGAAACCCCAGACUGAACCGGGAGAGGCCGAAGUGCUUUUACUGGAUUUAAAGCAGUCAGCAUAAACAGGCUUGG